AUAUACUACACCAGGAUCCGGCCACAGAUUCUGAGGUCCAAGGGGUGUAAAGAGGAUUUGGACCAAGAGAAGUUUUUUCUUUCCUCCAGAGGGACACCAAUUUACAACCCCUCCAAUGACCUGGCCAGACUUCAUACAAAAUAUGGCAUCAAACCAGUGAGCAGCCAGGAAGCUCGCAGGUUAACUGAAACAGCAAUGAAGACAAGAGUGGACGUGGAUAAAGCACUGGUGGCUGACUACCUGACCCAUUCCAACGCAACAGCUGAAAAGGUCCAGGAUUGGAAGCCAACUGGUAGUCUAGAAGAUGCAGUCAGAUCAGACCGGGUGGUCAAGUGUAUCAAGUCACAAAAAUGGACGGGCUUGGCCUUUAGUGAAAUUGAGGGUAAAAACAGGGGUGUUGUGACCACACGGGAUUUUCUGCCAGGGGAAGUUGUCUGUGACUACCAUGGGAAGUUGGUGUCACAUAGAAAGGGUGAAGAAAUCCACCGUGACAUCCAGCUGUCUGAGAGUGGGUAUAUGUUCUUUUUUAAGAACAAAGGAAAGGCCCUGUGCAUUGACGCACAUGAAGAACACUGCGAGUGCCACCCAGAAAAGCUCACUUUUGGGCGGCUAAUCAACCACUCAAGAAAACACCCAAACAUCAAGCCAAGACUGUACAUCUUCACAUCUGAUGGGGUAGAGAAAGAGGUCAUACUUUUCAUAGCAUCACAGAAGAUUCGUGUCAACGAGGAGCUCCUCUUUGACUAUGGGGUCAAUAGGAAGUCCUACUGUGGGGAGGGGCUAGACUUGGACUGGCUUUAAGUGCAUUUCACUACAGAAAAACCUCAAUACAGUAGGAAAAAACAGUUUCAACCCUUAACUGAUUUUCACUACGGAGGUUUUCAGUACAGUAGGAAAUCAGUUUUGAACUGGCCCCUCCAUUCAUCAUCAUCAUCAUCGUCAUCGUCAUCAUCAUCAUCAUCAUCAUCAUCGUCAUCAAACUGCAUUUCACUACAGAAAAACCUCAUUACAGUAGGAAAAUGCAGUUUCAACCCUUAACUGCUUUUCACUACGGAGGUUUUCAGUACAGUAGGAAAUCAGUUUUGAACUG